UGCUAACUUGUGUUGAUGAUCGGUUGCGUUUUUCAUUUUGUGUGUGAUGAACGUUCAUUUUACCAGUGUAAUUAAACUGAAUGUUGGUAAUAACGGUUCGAAAUCAUUGAAUUGUUGUUAGACACAACGUUUUUAUUGCUGUGCCGAUUAAUUUGCCAAAACAAUACAUUUGCAACACAGACAAAAAUGAACUCGUUCGAAGCAAUUAGGCAGCCUCGGAUUUUUCUAGUCAUUUGGUUAACGGUAACUUUUAAUAUGAUUUUGGGCUUUGGCGAAGCCGAUAUUUCAACAGCCGUACAAGGUGCAAUGGUGCAACCAUCCUCACCAAUGACAUUAGCUCAAGUGCAUAUUGGAUUUUUAGGAUGUCACAAACGAUUGUACACAUAUCGAAUCACACAAGCCGAUGAAAAUGGCCACGAAUGCUGGGACCAUGUAAGUGUUUGGUCAUGUUGGGGUCGCUGUGAUUCACGUGAAAUCUCCGAUUGGAAAUUUCCGUAUAAAAAAUCAUAUCAUCCAGUAUGUGUGCAUGCAGGACGCUCAAAAGCUGUUGCCAUGCUACGAUUUUGCCAUCCGCUAGCUGAUCCAGAAACGCGACGCUAUGAAUAUUUGGAGGCUAAUGCGUGCCAUUGCCAGACUUGCUCGACAACGGACACUAGUUGCGAAGCACCAAACAAUUUUCGUGACGAAAGUUCAGUCAAAGUUCUGUCCAUGGCUGGUGUCAACUCGGAUGAUUUGGAAUACUAACGCUCGAACCAACUGUGAAUGAAUCAAUGAACACAAAUGCAAAUGUCUGGACAAAAAAUGUACUAAUUCCAAUUGUGAAUGUAAAUGUUCCAAUCGGUAGUGGUGCAUCAUUCGUAAAAUUAAAUGAUUUUUUUUUUCAACUUGAACAAUUUUCACAAAUAAAGAAAUUUCGAUGUGGUUGGUAUUACUGCCGAGGAAGUGACAUUGUGGUUUCAAACGCUUUGCAAUUUCUUAAAAUUAUUUUCAUUAUUUAUUAAAUACAAAUGAACUUUUAUAUAUAAAAAAUUCGUUACGACCAAAAAGAAUUGAAGACGAUUUUUCUUCUAAUAAAAUUUAACUUCGAUUUCAACAAUCAUUCGAGCAAAUUCUCCAAUUUUGCUGUCAAUUUUCUUUUUCUUUUUGGGAAACGCGAAAUAUUUUCUUCUGAAACAGAUCAUUCAUCAACGCGUAAAGUCACAAAUGACAUAAAAAGAUCCAUUUAUAUUGGCAUAAUUACUGAAUUGCAUAACAUUUAUCACUUUUAAUAAAAUAAAAAAAAAACACUAAACGACCAAAAUGUUUAAGUCAGUUUUAAUCCGUAUUUACAAUGAUUAGCUCUCUAAAAUACAUAUACUGCAGUACUUC